AUGGCAACGCAGCAGCGCGAAGUUGUAGAGACGGAUUUGCAGGGCAGCCUCAAGCUCGUGGCGAGGGGCAAGGUCCGCGAUGUCUAUGAGAUUGAUGAGAACUCGUUGCUCUUUGUCGCGACGGACCGCAUCAGCGCGUACGAUGUGAUUAUGAAGAAUGGCAUCCCUCAAAAAGGCGCCCUCCUGACCUCCCUCUCGGAGCACUGGUUCAACUACCUGUCCUCCCAAAUCCCCACGCUGUCGACGCACUUCCUGUCGUCCAAGCUGCCGGACAGCCUCCUCACAAAGGUCAACGCGACCGAGGCGGCGCAGCUGCAGGGCCGCAGCAUGCAGGUGCGGCGCCUGCAGAUCUUCCCCAUCGAAGCCAUUGUGCGCGGCUACAUCACCGGCUCCGCGUGGAAGGAGUACUGCGAGCACGGCACUGUGCACGGCACCAAGAUGCCCGCCGGCCUGCAGGAGUCGCAGAAGCUGCCCGAGCCCAUCUUCACGCCCAGCACCAAGGCCGAGGUUGGCGGCAAGGACGAGAAUAUCUCCAAGGAGAAGGCCGCUGAGAUUGUCGGCCAAGACGCCAUCAAGAAGAUCGAGCAACUGAGUCUCGACCUCUACAACAAGGCCGCCGAGCACGCCCUCAAGACGGGCAUCAUCAUCGCCGACACCAAAUUCGAAUUCGGCUUCGAUCCCACCGACCCCAGCACCGUGAUCCUGGUCGACGAGGUCCUCACCCCGGACAGCAGCCGCUUCUGGCCCGCGGACAAGUACGGCGUCGGACGGGGCCAGGACAGCUUCGACAAGCAGUUCCUCCGCGACUGGCUCACGCGCGAAGGCCUCAAGGGCCAAGAGGGCGUCGCCAUGCCUGCCGACAUCGUCGCCCGCACGCACGAAAAGUACGUCGAGGCGUUCGAGCGCGUCACUGGCCGCAAGUGGGGCGCUGGUGCUGCGUGA